AUUUUAAUGAGACUAUACUAAUGCAGAUAGUGUCACUAAACGCAUGCUUCAACGUUUUGCCGUGUCGGCGCCGGUACGUGUCAUAUAGUGUCAAUCGACCUUAACACAUUAAAUCAUUUUAUUUUCUUGUAGUAUUGACGUCAAACGAUCAAAAUACCAGUGAUAGCGCAAAUUAUGAAAUUUCGCUAGUUUGCGUUAUACUUUGUAAUAUAAGAUUGCAAAUUUAUGGAUAUCUCUUACAUAUACACGUGGUGAGAUUUCCUUAUAUUUUUAUCAUUCGUAGUAAAUCGCAUGAGUUUCUCAGUUUCCGCGCACUUCUGUCGAAUCAUUUUCUUUGUAAUAUAUAUAUAUAUAUAUAUAUAUAUAUAAUAAAUAUCACGGGAGAUUGUUAUUGUCUUUAGUAAUAUACGCGAUGAGAAUGACCGUUGAUGGGGAGUGUAUUAACAUGAAUACGAUGUUAAAAUAAACAAGAGACGUGUAAGUGUUGUCCUUCGGCGUAUUCCGAUAUACACGAUUAUAAGAUAAAUAGAACUUGAACUCUCUACUACCACACAACAGAGCACGACCGCUCGCCAGUCUGAUUACAGCCGUUAGAUCGAGAGCGUGUUACUCAAUUCUAGUAAGAACUCUAAAUCUGUAUGUUAAAUUAUUAUUAAAUACGCGUUUCCUUUGUUAACUCAUUGAUUUAUUCUCAUUAACGUUAAUCUGAAAAAUGAAAAAUUUUAUUACGAUUUUCCGAAAUCAGAAUUGCUCUAACAUAUACGUAAGGCAAUUUCAAUAAUCAUCCGGUAAUCAGUAAAAUUGCUGAUUAUUGAUAACGCGUAACUUGCAAUCUUCAACGAAUGUACAAAUCUUGUGGCACGCGCGUGAAGCAGCUACAGUACUCGUGGCAAACUUUCACUUUAUUUUAAUUAGCGCACGGAAUAGCGGCUGUCGUGAACGUUUUACUUCAAUUUACGGCGAACCACUUAGCGUUAAAGAACUCGGACAACACCUCGAGGAUUGCAGUUUCAGUCGUGGAGUUUAUUGUCGCGUGCCAUAUUUAACUAGGAAGUAACUCGACAAUUUCUUCAAUGGAUUUAUUAGUUAGAGCAGCGCUGCGAAGUAUCAAAGGACCGGCGAGAACGUUACCGCGCUUUCAAUCACAGCGCAUUCGACACUGCAGGACUAUUACAUCUCAACAAGUAUUCGAUCGUGAGUCCAAGUACGGCGCUCACAAUUACCAUCCACUUCCUGUGGCCCUGUGCAAAGGUGAAGGCGUUUUUGUGUGGGAUGUCGAAGGUAAAAAAUACUACGACUUUCUGAGCGCAUAUUCGGCCGUCAAUCAGGGUCACUGUCAUCCCAGAAUCUACAAAGCACUAGUCGAGCAAGCGAAGAUUCUAACUCUUACGUCCCGAGCGUUUUAUUCUGAUAUCUUGGGUGGAUUCGAGGAGUAUAUCACAAAACUUUUCGGGUACGAUAAAUGGCUACCGAUGAAUACAGGUGUAGAAGGCGGCGAAACCGCGUGCAAAUUGGCGCGCAAAUGGGGGUAUACCCGUAAAAAUAUACCUCGGUACCAAGCUAAGAUAAUAUUCGCAGAGGGCAAUUUUUGGGGCCGGACCUUGAGCGCGGUUUCGUCGAGCACCGAUCCGAGCAGCUACGACGGUUUCGGGCCAUUUAUGCCAGGUUUUGAACUUGUUCCUUACGAUGACCUCGCAGCACUUGAGAAAGCCCUUGCCGAUCCGAACGUGUGCGCUUUCAUGGUGGAGCCUAUUCAGGGUGAGGCUGGCGUAGUGGUUCCCAAGGACGGAUACCUGAAGGGAAUCAGAGAAUUAUGCACAAAGCACAAUGUCCUGUGGAUCGCAGACGAGGUGCAGACUGGCCUAGGAAGAACGGGCAAGCGAGUUGCCGUCGAUCAUGAAAACGUAAAACCGGACGUCCUGAUCUUGGGAAAGGCUCUAUCCGGGGGAUUUUAUCCAGUUUCCGGCGUGCUGGCGAACGAUCAUGUCAUGCUCGCUAUCAAGCCAGGGGAGCAUGGCUCAACCUAUGGCGGUAAUCCGCUCGGAUGCAGGAUCGCCCUCGAGGCGCUCCGCGUUUUAGAGGAAGAAAAGCUCGCCGAGAACGCGGAGAAGCUCGGCCACGUGUUCAGGGAUGAACUCGAGAAGUUACCAAAAGAAAUGGUCGAAAUAGUGAGGGGAAAGGGCCUCCUGAAUGCCAUCGUCAUCGACAAGAAGGUCGACGCGAUGGACGUAUGCCUAAGGCUGAAGGAAAACGGCCUGCUGGCCAAACCAACGCACAAGCAAAUCAUUCGUCUGGCGCCACCGUUGGUUAUCACAGAGGCGCAGAUACGCGAGUGUGUGGACAUUAUUUCGAAGACUAUCCUUUCGUACGAGUAACAAGUAACAGUCCGUUCUUUUUCCGAUAAUUAUGCGGAUAUAUUCCGCAUAUAUGGGCAAAAGAAACAAAUAUAUGAACCUUCCUGCUACAUAUGGCACAUAUCUUGCGUGUAUAUCAUGCAUACAAUAUCUACAUAUAAUUUCAUUCAACUAGAGUCUUUCCUUUCUGUCACUGCAAUCUUUAUCUUGACGACGUAUAAUAAUUAUGGCUGUACCAUAUCGAAAAAAAACUCGUUGGUUUUGAAAGAUUGUGAUUAUCGAAAUGUAUACUUGUGUAUACUUUGGAAUUAUUGUCAAUACGCCAGUAAAUCGAUAUAGUUAAAAAUCCAAUAUAUGCCAAUAUAUGAAUUUGCCGGUUAUCUACAAUAAUAUUUUGAUGAACACUUGACAUUUGAUAGCCUUGACUAGUCUUAUGACUUGAAAAACACACAUUACAUGUUCGUCUGUCCUGAAGGAUGGUUGCUGUUCAGAGUGUUCUCUUUGUGCUUCCUUGUAACAAUAUUGGAUUGUAAUUAUAUUACAAUUAUAAGACUUGAUUAUUACGGCAGAAACAAUUAAUAAAUAAAACACUCUUUAACUGAGAGCUUCCUUGGCCUUUCCAUUUUUUUUUCUUCCAUCUGCUUUAUUACUUCAAGUUCUAAUUCUCUUUUAAUAUUAAUAUUAAAAGGGAAUUAGAACUUGAAGUAAUAAAGCGGGUGGAGGAAAAAAAAAUGGAAAGGCCAAGGAAGCUCUCAGUUAAGGAGUAUUUUAUUGUGUAAUUAUAUUGUUUUAGUCACCUUCUGGUAGUAAGUUUUAUUAUAAAAUUUCUUUCUUUUCUUUUGCUUUUGAUUUCUUUCAAAAAUGUUAUAACUUUUAAUUGGCAACUAUUUGUGACACUUAUUUGAUUCCAUUGUAUUGCCAGUUUGGUCAAAAUAUAUUGGAUUUUUAACUAUAUAUACUUGUGAUCAGAACAAUCGCGAUUGUAUCGAUAUAUCUUAUGGACGUUAUCAGUUAUUAUGAAACUAUUAAAUGCUACACAGAAAUGCAAUGCAUUCGAUCGAUUAUAUUCACAACGAUCAUCCAUUAUAUGAGAAAAAGCGUGAAUAAGUCGCUUUAAAUGCAAUUGUAUUCUGUUAUCUCGACAAUGAUAAAGACUACACAGCGUAAUGAAUAAUUCCCUUUCGCGUGUUUAGCUAUUAAUAACUUAACAUGAUAACAUUCCGCUCUUCAGACUCUUCUUAUACAAGCUACACGCCAUCAUUAAUGUUUGAUAAACUAAAAUUAUGUCAAGAUUUCAAUGUAAAUGCAGUGUCAUAAUUUUUGUAAGGUGUCAUUAAUUUAAGAACGGAUCAUGUUGUUUAUUGUUACUCGUUUACUUUGGCACGCUGGCGCCUGUACACUCCGUACCAUUCUUUAUCAGAUACGGUUUAGUCUCUGCAAUGAUAUUUAUUUUAUGUCUAUCGCAAUAGCUGUGUACAAAUCCGUAAAUAAGUAUAUCCAUCGUAUCUUUUGUCCUAUCUCUGAUGCUUUGAUAUAAAAGCAAGAAUCGGUGAAAGUGCCAUCAGUUUGUUUUCUGACAUUUUAUACUCUUAUAUGCAGUAUUCUUUUAACGUGGCCGGCACCAUUUGUUUAUCGUAUUUAUAAUAUUGAAAUUCUUGUUUAAAUUGUUUGUCAACUUGUAACUUUCCAUCCAACUGAAAUAAAGAAUAUUUUUCUA